AUGCCUGCUGAGAAAGUUGAGCCUUUGGUUAAUACAUCUCGAACGGGUGGUGUAGUGUCCUAUAGUGCUGCCGUUAAGGUUGCCGCACCAGCAGUGGUGAAUAUUUUUACCACUCAAAAAGUAAAACAAAAUCAUCCAUUGCUCAAUGAUCCUGCGUUUAGAGAGUUCUUUGGAAAUCAGAUCCCUGAACAAAAUCAAAACCAGAAUGAAAACAGUUUAGAUCAAAUCGUUGUUGCCUUGCAAGAUGGUCGCCGUGCAGAAGCGACUGUAAUCGGGACAGACCCUGAUACAGAUUUGGCUGUGAUUAAAAUAGAAUUGAAAGAGUUACCAGUCUUGCCAUUUAAAUUGAGUGGCAAUGAAGUCGGUGAUGUUGUGUUGGCAAUAGGCAAUCCAUUUGGUGUAGGGCAAACGGUAACGCAGGGGAUUAUCUCUGCGACGGGUCGUUCUGAUCUCGGUAUCAAUACUUACGAAGACUUUAUUCAGACCGAUGCAGCCAUUAACCCGGGUAAUUCUGGUGGUGCAUUGAUUGAUGUGGCUGGGAAUUUGAUUGGGGUUAAUACUGCAAUCUUCUCACAGUCAGGUGGUUCGUUGGGGAUUGGCUUUGCCAUUCCUGCCAAAAUCUGUCAGCAAAUUUUAAAUUCAAUUUUAAAAGAUGGUCGUGUGAUUCGUGGAUGGAUGGGCAUUAGUUUAGUUCCGCCAACGCAAGCAGAUGUUUUACAACCGCGUCAGCCAGGUGUUGUGGUUGCUGAUGUAUUGAAAAAGGGUCCUGCGGCGGAAGCUGGGAUUAAAGUGGGCGAUCGUAUUGUUAAACACCGAAUACUGAUAUUCAAGUUGAAGUCAUUCGUGGCGAACAAACCGUCAAUCUCACUGUUAAAGUGGGUGAGCGUAAAGUUCAAAGUGCUGACUCACAAUUUAUCCCUUUACCACGACGUUAACGUUGACGAGCAACACGUAAGAAAGCAGCAGGUUCAGUUCCAUCCGGAAACUGACCAAAAAUAUUGGUCGUGUCGUUUGAACUACGUGCCGUAUUGUUUUGACCAAAUGGCGCAGAUGUUGGACCUAAGAAUGCAGCACCUGCGAUCAGGAUUAACCAGAUCCAGCUUGGAAUUCCACCUUUUUUCUCUUCUUGUUGAGCAGCUGCUUGUUGUUUCGCUAAUUCAGCAUCAUUGGUCUGUGCUUGGGCAUUACCAUUAUGAUCAUCAGCCAUUGCAUUUGCCGCAAUCGCACCUACUGCUGCACCUGCAACACCAGCAGCAACCAUUUUACCUACACCAGAACCUGAUUUUUGUUGACCAGGUUGAGCAGGCGUUCGUUGUUGAGCAGGCGUAA